AUGAAGAUUCAAUGUUCCUUCCGAGCACAAGUAGAGGUUGUCGGAUUAAACAAACCUAUUGUUUCCGCAGAAUUUGUCGUCGUAGACCAAGGUCAUAGAUCGCUGCUCGGUAGAACAACUGCCAGCGAAAUGAGAUUACUCGAAGUAGGACUAGCGGUUAAUCGUUGUGAGAGUACAAGUGCAAUAAAAGCGUUCCCCAAGAUGCCGGGAGUUAAAAUAACGUUCAGCAUCAAUAAAGCUGUACCUCCUGUUAGAAACGCAUAUUUCAACGUACCCGCCGCUUACCGAGAAGCAGCGAAGUCUCGUCUUGCGGAAAUGGAAUCUCAAGGAAUAAUAGAAAAAGUAAAAACGGCCCCGAAUUGGAUAAGCGGCAUGUCCGCAGUGGCCAAAGGAAAAAAUGACUUCCGCCUGGUUGUAAACAUGCGCGCUCCAAACAAAGCAAUAAAGAGGGAAUAUUAUCGACUUCCACUGUUAGACGAGAUGAAAUUGAAACUGCAAGGAUCGAAAUACUAUACCAAGUUAGACCUGAGUAACGCAUUUUAUCAUCUCGAGCUUCACGAACAAUCACGAGAUCUAACAACCUUUUUAACUGAAGGCGGGAUGUAUAGAUUUACGAGACUCAUGUUCGGCGUAAAUUGUGCUCCCGAAGUCUUCCAAAGAGAAAUGUGUCGGAUUCUCGAUGGAAUCAGAAAUGUUAUAGUCUAUUUAGAUGAUAUCCUAAUUUUCGGAGAAAGCCUAGAGGACCUACGAUCCACUACAGCCCAAGUCCUUCAAAUCCUACGACAAAAUAAUCUGACACUGAACAUGGCUAAAUGUGAGUUUGAUAGAACUUAUGUUAAAUUUCUUGGUCACAACAUAGAUCAAAACGGUUUUCAUGUAGAUGAAGCCAAAGUAAGCGACAUCCAUAAGUUUCGACACCCAACCACAGUUUCUGAACUUCGUAGCUUCCUUGGGUUAGCUUCUUAUAUCAGUACAUACAUCGAACAUUUCGCUGACAUUUCUAGCCCACUAUGGUCAGUAGCUACCAGCAAAACAUGGUCAUGGGGAACUGAUCAAGAAAGAGCAUUUGAAGAACUUAAACAGCGAAUAAUACAAUGCACUACCACAUUAGGGUUCUUUUCCCAAAAAGAUAAAACCAUUUUAUAUACCGAUGCCUCUCCAAGAGCACUUGGAGCAGUACUCGUACAGGAAGGAACAGAUCGAAAACCAAGAAUCAUAAGCUUUGCGUCAAAGACCUUGACGGCUACAGAAAAAAAGUACGCCCAGAAUCAGCGAGAGGCUUUAGGAGCAGUAUGGGCUGUCGAACAUUUCUCAUUCUUCUUGCUCGGUAGACGUUUCACUCUUCGAACAGAUGCCCAAGGAGUACAUUUCAUUCUAAAUAGAUCUCGUGAGAAUUCGAAAAGAGCCUUAACCAGGGCAGAUGGAUGGGCACUUAGGCUCAGCCCUUAUGAUUAUGAUGCGGAGUAUGUGCGUGGGCGCGACAAUAUAGCAGAUUCAUCAUCUCGUUUAUAUGUGGGAGAAGACGAUCCAUUUGAUGAGCAUCAUAGUCCGUGGGAAGUAGCUGCUCUAGAAGCAAAUACUGCGGGUUUCUUGACGGAACAGGAAAUCCGAGAAGCAACUAAAGAAGAUGAAGAACUCCAAAAAGUUGCUAACGCUUUAAACACGGGAGAGUGGUCAAAAGAACUGAAACGGUUUCAAUCCCUAGAGAGUAAUCUUUGGUUCCAAGACGGAAUUCUCAUAAAAAACGGGUGCGCGAUAGUCCCUAUCAAACUUCGGAAAAAGGCUCUCCAUGUAGCACAUGAUGGCCACCCGUUAUCCGCAAAAAUGAAAAGCAUUCUACGACAGCGAGUGUGGUGGCCGGGAAUUUCCCGUGAUGCAGAAUUAUGGGUCUUGUCAUGCAAAAUCUGUGCCACGAAUGGCAGACCUGAAAAACCAACACCGAUGCGUCGAAUUUUCGCACCUCAAGUUGUUUGGCAAACAAUAGCACUAGACUUUAACGGCCCUUAUGCACGGUUUGGUAAUAUUUCAAUACUGGUAAUUGUAGAUUAUCGUUCAAGAUAUUUAAUCGCUCGUGCUGUAAAAUCGACGAGUUUUGAUUGUACAAAAUCUGUUCUAGAGGAAAUCUUCGAAAGGGAAGGAUUUCCGCAAUGUAUCCGUUCUGAUAACGGGCCACCAUUCAACGGCCUUGAAUACAAACAAUUUUGUUCGGAUAGAGGGAUUCAAACUGUUUUCUCGACACCACUGUUCCCACAACAAAAUGGAUUGGUAGAAAAUAGUAUGAAAGUCAUUAAUAAAGCAAUGGCCGCAUCAGUCUCAAGCAACACUCCUUAUCAAAACGAGUUGCGUGCUGCAGUCAGCGCUUUUAAUUCUGCCGCCCAUGCAGUGACGGGAGUCCCUCCGGAAGAAGUAAUGUUGGGUCGGAAAAUUAAGCGCCGACUUCCGCUCUUGCAUCAUAAGAAAGCGGACCAUGAUGAAAAUUUAUUAGAUGUAAAAGACCGAGAAGCUAAGUUGAAGGCAAAAGUCCGUGAAGAUACACGAAGAGGAGCACGAGAAUCCAGGGUGAAACCUGGGGAUACGGUUAUUAUUGAACGACUUUCUCGAAUAAAGGGAGAUUCAAGAUUUGACCCGCUCCGUUACACGGUAAUAGAAGAAAAUAACGGAAAUCUUGUCCUCUGUGACAAGGAUGGUCGAAUACUGAAGCGACAUGUGUGUCAAACGAAAAAAGUUCACACGUGGCGGAGCACGGAUACCCCAACUGAGGACACCAUCUGUUCAAAGGAUGAAGAACCUCUGAGGCGUUCUACGAGAGAAAAACGAGUUCCAGCUCACCUGGAAAACUUUAUACAAGAACUCGAAGAAAUAAAUUGA